GGGAUCGCCCGGGAACUCUUCUGGGAGCCGGAAGCCAGGGAUUGCGUUAAGAAAAUGGCAGAAAAGCCAGACAUGGGAGAAAUUGCCAGCUUCGAUAAGGCCAAGCUGAAGAAAAUGGAGACGCAGGAGAAAAAUACCCUACCGACCAAAGAGACCAUGGAGCCGGAGAAGCGGAGUGAAAUCUCCUAA